CCACGGUCGCGUCGGAUACCUGGGCCCGGGAGGCCGUUGCCAUUUCCAGCGUGUAUAAUUUCUUACACCCACAAGGGAAUAGAAAUAUGAAGAGCAAAAAGCAUAAGAAAGACAAAAAGAAGAAGCACAAGAAAGAGAAACACAAAAAGAGAAAUGGGACUUCUUCCGAGGAGAGUUCUGAGCCUGAGAUGGAAUGGGUCGAGUCCAGUUCCUCCUCCCACCAACCCCCCAAAGCCCCAUCUCCUGAUCCUAUCUCUAUCACUCCAAGCGAGAAAGAUGAUCCUUUAUCACAGGUGAGUCACGUAAAUGUUACACGCUACUGAAAAUCCUUGCAUCUGAGUGGCUGAAAGCAGA